GAUUCACACAGGGGAGAAACCAUAUGAAUGUAAGGAAUGCGGAAAGAACUUUAGUAGGAGCAGUUCCCUUACUUUCCAUAAUAGGAUGCAUAAAGGGGAGAAGCCGUAUAAAUGCCUGCAGUGUGGAAAAAGCUUCAGUCAAAAAGUUCAUCUUAAUUCACAUGAGAGGACCCACACAGGAGAAAAACCAUAUAAAUGCCCAGAAUGUGGAAAGAGCUUCAGUAAUGCACGUAACCUUAUUUCUCAUAACAGAAUUCACACAGGGGAGAAACCAUAUGAAUGCAUUGAGUGUGGAAAGUGCUUCAGCAACUCUGGUUCCCUUUUUUUCCAUAAAAGAAUCCAUGCUGGAGAGAAACCGUAUAAAUGCACUGAGUGUGGAAAGAGCUUCCACAAGAACAGUCACCUUACUUCCCAUCAAAGGAUUCACACCGGUGAGAAACCAUAUAAAUGCAUGGAGUGUGGAAAGAGCUUCAGUCAAAGCAGUCACCUUAAUCUCCAUAAAAAGAUCCACACAGGGGAAAAGCCAUAUAAAUGUACUGAGUGUGGAAAACGCUUUACCGGGUCAGGUUCCCUUACUUGCCAUAAAAGGAUCCACACAGGGGAGAAACCAUAUGAGUGCAAGGAAUGUGGGAGGAGCUUCAGUCAAAAAANNNACCUUACUUGCCAUAAGCGGACCCACACUGGUGAGAAACCAUAUCAAUGCAGUGAGUGUGGAAAGUGCUUUAGUCAAAAUAGUUCACUUUCUUCCCAUAGAAGGAUUCACUCAGGAGAGAAACCAUAUAAAUGUGUGGUGUGUGGAAAGAGCUGUAGGACUUGCAGUGACCUUACUUGCCAUAAGCGGACCCACACUGGUGAGAAACCAUAUCAAUGCAGUGAGUGUGGAAAGUGCUUUAGUCAAAAUAGUUCACUUUCUUCCCAUAGAAGGAUUCACUCAGGAGAGAAACCAUAUAAAUGUAUGGAGUGUGGAAAGUGCUAUAGCCAUAGCGGUCCUCUUAAUUCCCAUAUGAGGAUCCACACUGGUGAGAAACGACAUAAAUGAAUGUGGAAAGGUAUUUAGUCACAAUCAUUCAUAUAAUAUCCAUAGAAAGAUUCAAUCACAGAGGAAACCAAUAAAUGGAAAGAGCUUUAUUCAAAAUAUUUCCCUUAUUUUUCCUGUAAAGGGAUUUGCUCACAGGAGAAACUGUAUAAAUGUCUCAAGGUUGCAGAGUGCUUUGGUGACUCUUCUUUGCUUAUUCACAUAAAAUGAUUUGCUUGGAAGAAACCAUAUAAAUACAUUGAGUGUGGAAAGUGUUUCUGAAGCAGUGGCAACCUUUCCAUAAAAAGACAUGAAGGGUAGAACCUUGUAAAUGAAGGGAAUCUUAAUGGAGCUUCUAGGUGAUAAAUAGCCUUCUCACUGAAGGAUCCAUGCAGGAGGGAAACCAUAUAUGUGCAAGAUGCGGUGGAAGAGCUUCAGAACCAGAGGUGACCAUAAUUCCUGUGGGAGAACACAUACUGGGGAGAACCAUGUAAAUGUCUUGAGCGCAGAAGGGAUUUGCACACAAUCAUUCACUUUAUACCCAUGGAAGGAUAAAACCAUAUAAAGCCUGGAGUAUAAAAAGUGCCUAGAAGCAGUGGGAUUUAUCACAUAGAAAGAUGUACAAAGGGUGAUCUGGAUGAAUGCACUGAGUGUGUAAAGGGAAUUGAAAAGACUACAGUGCUGAGCUGUUGAGUAUAAUCUGCUGGUGGUGGAUGGAAGAUUGCAACAAACAACUGGCUGGUGAGGACAAGGGGAGAGAAUGUGAUGUCCUUGGAGCAGAUCAAGGAGAGGACAGGAAAGGUCUUGCAAGAGUUCGCUACCACUGGCUACUUGGAACAAGCUCGGAUGCUGAGCAUUUGUCCAUACUGCGCGCUGAAUGUGGCCUUUCUUGGAAGACUCAACAUUGUAAUCAUCCUCUUGACCACAAGGCACUAGAGAGAGUGCCAGGACUCUGCACUCUGACCUACCUUUGCAUCCAGAUGCUUAAUUUAAGAAGAUGCCUUCUGUUCAGUAGACUCUAUUUGUGACGGGUGUCAACAUUUCCACUUCUCUUGUAUUUACUCUUCUUGAUGAAAACACCAUGCUGGCUCUAUGGUAAACAUAGCUUUGCCGUUGCCAUGUUAAC